AUGAAGGAAGUGUGGCUUUGCUCGCCGCGGCGGUCACACUCUCAGCCUCAUUUCUACCACGCCGCUUCUCUCAACUUCUUCAAGAUGAAGGUUAUGCUUGUUGCCUGCGAGUCUUGUCGCUUGCGAAAAAGAAAAUGCGACAGAGCCUACCCCUCUUGCUCCUUGUGCCAAAAAGCUGAGCGAGUGUGUUCCUAUGCCCUUUACCGCGUCGCAGAAAGUAUCCCAAACCAGAGCUCAAAGGCGCUGGUGACUGAGAGUCACCACACGCGCAGUUCCAAAAAGCUCACACCUAGCUCCUGGGACGCCGUGGAGAGUCAAGUUUAUAUCUCGUGGGCUAUCCAGGCUCCAGCUGUCUCAGAUUCCUAUCCCAUCGCCUCUCGCUGCUCUUAUAAAUUGCAGACUACCUGGAUGAGAGGUGCAAUGAGCGACCCUUGCUUGUUCCACGCAACUCUCUUUACCGGCUCCUCCAAUUUUGAUCUCCGCCGUGGAAUUCAGCAGAGUACAAUUACCCUGUACCAUUACAAUGAACUGAUCAAAUCGGUCAAAAAGCGUCUAUCCGACCCGAAAACAGCGCUAGAUGACCGCACGAUAGCUGCAAUCACACCGCUGGCACUCUUCGCUGUUCUCACCGGAGAUCGAGCCUCCGCUGAGGUGCAUCGAGCUGGUCUAGCGAAGAUCGUCCAGCUAAGGGGUGGUCUGGACAAACUAGGCCUGGAAGGACUAACAGCAUCUCUCAUCUACGUGAAUGAUGUUAUUUCAGAUAUAGUCUUUGACAUGGACUCAAGACCUCUACCGCACUGCCCGCCCAUGCCGCCACCUGGCCUCGAGGAACGAGUUCUUAGCACACUUAUCAGCCGAUCUGCACCGGAAUUUCCCGGUCGCUCCAUCCAAGCCUUGUUCCAGUACAUCCAAAAGCUCAAACUUCAGCUCGUGGUCCAUCAAUCGACGGCUGGUUGGGGUUGCAACGCGACACAAGGCAACGUGAUGUCGCUUCCUACCAACGAUGACCCCGUGUGCCACUGUUGCUCCUUAGCGUUCCGGAUUUUCCACGCUAUUAUAAGCGGCGGGGCGAAUACGAGCAAUUUUGCCGACUACCUAGACGCCUUAGCCAGCGAUCUCCGUGAUGUGCUAGCCCUAACCGAAGACGAUGUAUGGAUGCGACAUUUCCCCGCGGUUCUUACAUGGGCUUGUAUAACUGGCGCCGCCGCUGCCAGUGAUCCGCAUCUGCGGGCAUGGUUCUACUUCCGGGCGGCAGCUGCGGUGGGGAUGCUCGAUGAUGCCGGCGACUUGUCUUUUCACGAGGAUAUGUCUUCACACUUUCACUGGCUUCGAUCGUUGCGACGGGAAGUCCUUCAGUCCGGUGCAAAAUUGUUGUAA